CUUUUUUGCUGAUCUGAAAAAGAUUCGAUCCAUGGCUCAAAAAAAUGUAAUGUAAUGUUUGAGAACGUGUACAACAAAACGCAGAAGAAGAUGAUGGCUCCAGGCUGUGAGCCGGCAGCCUCUGAUGUUAGGACAGAGUCUUGCAGAAGCAGGAGGAGGAGGAUUUCUUUUCUUACUCACACAUGACCCUCAACAGAAGGAAAAAGUGAAAGCAGUUAUCAGUAACAUACAUGUGACACCCAGAAGCUCUCAGAUCUGAGGAUUGUGUUAAUGGGAUAUAAAUGUGCUGGUAAGAGUUCAUCAGGAAACAUCAUCCUGAACAGAGAGGAGUUUGACUUGAAGAGAUCUGCUCAGUGUGUGAAGAGACAGAGAGAAGUAGCAGACAGACACAUCACUGUGAUUGAAGCUCCUGGAUGGUGGAGAAAUCAACCUGUAGAAGAGAGCACUGAGUUACUGAAAGAAGAGAUUUUACUCAGUGUGUCUCUGUGUCCUCCAGGACCUCACAUUGUUCUUUUGGUUAUACGUGCUGACAAGAGAUUUAAAUAUGUUGAGAGAAAAGUAUUUCAGGGUUAUGUUGAUCUUCUGGGUGAGAGAGUCUGGAGUCACACUAUAGUGCUCUUCACUCAUGGAGACUUUCUAGGAGACACAACUAUAGAGAAACACAUUGAGAGUGAAGGUGAGGAUCUCCAGUGGCUGGUGGAGAAAUGUGGGAACAGAUAUCAUCUUCUGAACAAUAACAACAGAAGUGAUGAGACUCAGAUCAAAGAUCUGCUGGAGAAGAUAGAGGAGACGGUGACAGAAAACAACGGCUGCUGUUUUGAAAUGGACAGAAAGAUUUUACAGGCGAUGAAAGACAGAAGGAGAACAGAAGAAGAAAGAGCAGAGGAACGAAUGAAGAGGAUGAAAAAACAGAGAGAGAUGAUCAGAUCACAGAUGAGUGACACGCAGAAGCUCUCAGAUCUGAGGAUUGUGUUAAUGGGGGAUAAAUAUGCCGGUAAGAGUUCAUCAGGAAACAUCAUCCUGAACAGAGAGGAGUUUGACUUGAAGAGAUCUGCUCAGUGUGUGAAGAGACAGAGAGAAGUAGCAGACAGACACAUCACUGUGAUUGAAGCUCCUGGAUGGUGGAUUGAUGAACCUGUAGAGAAGAGCACUGAGUUACUGAAAGAAGAGAUUUUACUCAGUGUGUCUCUGUGUCCUCCAGGACCUCACAUUGUUCUUCUGGUUAUACGUGCUGACACUAGAUUUAAAGAUGUUGAGAGAAAAGUAUUUCAGGGUUAUGUUGAUCUUCUGGGUGAGAGAGUCUGGAGUCACACUAUAGUGCUCUUCACUUUUGGAGACUUUCUAGGAGACACAACUAUAGAGCAACACAUUGAGAGUGAAGGUGAGGAUCUCCAGUGGCUGGUGGAGAAAUGUGGGAACAGAUAUCAUCUUCUGAACAAUAAGAACAGAAGUGAUGAGACUCAGAUCAAAGAUCUGCUGGAGAAGAUAGAGGAGACAGUGACAGAAAACAACGGCUGCUGUUUUGAAAUGGACAGAAAGAUUUUAGAGGAGAUAGAAGACAGAAGGAGAGCAGAGGAAGAGAGAGCAGAAGAACGAAUGAAGAGGAUGAAGAAACAGAGAGAGAUGAUCAGAUCACAGAUGAGUGAAACUCAGAAGCUCUCAGAUCUGAGGAUUGUGUUAAUGGGGUAUAAAUGUGCUGGUAAGAGUUCAUCAGGAAACAUCAUCCUGAACAGAAAGAAGUUUGACUUGAAGAGAUCUGCUCAGUGUGUGAAGAGACAGAGAGAAGUAGCAGACAGACACAUCACUGUGAUUGAAGCUCCUGGAUGGUGGACAACACCUGUAGAGAAGAGCACUGAGUUACUGAAAGAAGAGAUUUUACUCAGUGUGUCUCUGUGUCCUCCAGGACCUCACAUUGUUCUUCUGGUUGUACGUGUGGAUGACAGAUUUAAAGAUGUUGAGAGAAAAGUAUUUCAGGGUUAUGUUGAUCUUCUGGGUGAGAGAGUCUGGAGUCACACUAUAGUGCUUUUCACUUAUGGAGACUUUCUAGGAGACACAACUAUAGAGCAACACAUUGAGAGUGAAGGUGAGCAUCUCCAGUGGCUGGUGGAGAAAUGUGGGAACAGAUAUCAUCUUCUCAACAAUAACAACAGAAGUGAUGAGACUCAGAUCAAAGAUCUGCUGGAGAAGAUCGAGGAGACAGUGACAGAAAACAACGGCUGCUGUUUUGAAUUGGACAGAAAGAGAGCAGAAGGAGAGAAAGCAAGAUCACAGAUUAUGGCUGAAGAUGAGAUGUUUGAUACAGUCUCUCUGAUGAGUUCUGCUUACGGUUCUGUCAGAUCUCUAUCAGUGAGAGGAGAUGAGGUGUCUGAUACAGUGUCUGUGAUGAGUUCUGGUUAUGGUUCAUCCAUAUCACUUGCUGCAUCAACAUGCUCUAACGACAAAUUUAUCAACUUUACCGAUGGAUCUUCACACUCCACUUCUGAGCCUGAGGAACAUUUAGGAACCAAAAGAACAAAGAACCCACCCAGGAUCUUAACUUUAUUAAGAGGAGGCAAACAGAAUAAAUGAGAAGAGAAAAAAGAUACUGUAAUGCUGUUAUUCAUAAAAGAAGUAACACACAAAAUAUAUUAAAUAAACUGUCCCUGACUUAACAUAAAUUCUUUAAUAAAGAUUGAAUCCAUCCUUCUAAGAAAUUAUUAGUGUCACAGAGCACUUAUAAAAAUAUUAAUGUUAAUACAGCAAGUAAACUCAUAUUGUGAUCUAUAUGCAAUUUUCUAUAUUAAAGAGAUUAUUAAAAAAAACUCAAAGUAGGACUGGCAAAAUCAAUGUUUAUUUAGAAAUUAAAUCAAUAUAUAGUGGUUAAAACUUGAGUGCUGUCUUUUUUACAAACCUUGAAAAUA